UCGCACUGCUGCUGCUGCAGUCGCUGGGGAUCCCAUGGAUGCCAUGGACGACCACGAUGAGAAUGCGGGCGCAGGGUAUGCGUGGGAGAAGGGCUUCGAGAGGACGUGGGAGGGAGUCGAGGAGGACGAGCACGGCAACAUCAAGACGCGGGAGGAAGGACAGAGACGAAAUCGUCGCGUGCGGCGACGAGUGGGGGGGGAGUCCAUCAAGCGGGGGAUGAUCCGCUACCUCUACUUGGCCAUCGACCUGUCGAAGACUAUGGCUGACGGAGACAUGCGACCGAGUAGGCUGGCGGUGACCCUCCGCAUCGUGCAGGACUUCGUGACCAACUACUUCGACCAGAACCCUCUCAGCCAGCUCGGUAUUCUCGUCACCCGCGAGGGCCGAGCGGAGAAAAUAACGGAGCUUUCGGGCAACCCCAAGUCGCACAUGGAGGCGCUCACGAAGGACUCGGACACAAAGGGCGAAGCUUCCCUCCAAAACUUGCUCGAGAUGGCGUGUACGUCGCUUCGAGCUGUGCCGGAGUACGGCAACCGAGAGGUGGUGGUCAUGUACAGCAGCUUGAGCACCUGCGACCCGGGGGACAUCCACGAGACGAUCGCCAAGCUCAAGACAUACAAAGUGCGGGCCUCGGUCGUUGGACUAGGGGCGGAGAUGUUCGUCCUCCGACGGCUGACGGAGGAGACGAGCGGGGACUACAGCAUCGCCGGGGACGAGAACCACUACCGGGAAUCGCUCAUGGCGCAAUGCACGCCGCCGCCAACGCCGCCGGGCCGGGAGGGGGCCAUGUUCGCGGACCUUGUGAGAAUGGGAUUUCCGGCCGAGACCCAGGACGUGUUUCCGAGCCUCGGCUACAGCGGGAACAGGCAGGAGCUGUCGGUUUCGGGCUACAGCUGCCCUCGAUGCAAGACCAAGACGUCGGAGCUGCCGUCGGAGUGCGUAAUCUGUGCACUCCCUUUGGUUUCUUCGCCUCACCUCGCGAGGUCGUACCACCAUCUGUUUCCCGUGCCUCAGUUCGACGAAAUUUCCGCCGCCGCAGCAGCGGCUGCAGCAGCGGCAGCAGCAGCCCCAGCUGGGCCUGCGGGCGGCAUAGGGUCGGGGGAUGGGGCCGGGCGAGCGACGGAAGAAGAAACUGCUUCUUCUUCCUGUGCCGGGUGUUUGCGAAACUUGUCGGGGUUGCCUAGGUACCGGUGCCCCGAAUGUAGGAGCGCGUUCUGUCUGGAUUGUGACAUGUAUGUGCAUGACUCGCUACACAAUUGCCCGGGUUGUUGCUGAACACACUUUGGGUCGAUUGGUACCUGGCAUGCGGAGCUUCGAAAUAGUGUCGCAAGGGUGCAAAGCAGAUGGAUGCUGCUGGCGCGAAUGCCAUGUGGAGUAGGUUCAGGCCCAUGGACCCUUCUCGGCGUGUAGGCGAAAACACCGAUGCCCACGCUAUACUUGUACUCGAUGAUAUCGACAAAGAUCACUGGUUGCCACGGCCAGCUAGCCCCCCCGCCCCGCCCCCGGGCCUGGUUGCUGCCACGAGUGAUCGUGUGUAGAGUUGUCGGUGGUGUGGUCAGGGUGUUGAUUUGUGGGGCAGAUUUUUGGUGAUGGUGUUCGUGUAUUUUUGGUUGACGUGUGCGUGUGGAGGGGGGGGG